UACCAAAAGCCAGUGUGCCAGACAGUGCUGUGCAAACAAAAUGUCAUCACUCUUAGAUUAAAACCAGUACAAAAAUCAACACCUGGAUGCUAUGCACAGAGGUACAAAGCUUUCACUGUUGUGGCUUACUAGUCUAAGUUAAUGUGAGGGCAGAUGAAGCAUGUGUAGUGAUGAUACAGAAUUGUUCCUAAAACCUUGGUAAGGAUCCAAGUUUGUGAGCCAGCAGAUUACACAUGUGCACAGAGACAACAAACAUGGGCAAGUAUAAAAACAGUUUUAAAUAUUUUAAAUUUGGCUGAUAGAUUAGAUUUUAUAGUGAAGAUGCUGUUUACAUAAAAGCUUGAGGAGGGAGAGACUCAAUAAUGCUUUAAUGUUAAUACCUAGAUUUUAACCUUUACAGCUAAGAAACUGCACUUUUUUCACCUUAUCAAAAUAUAUUAAAUCUCUUUCUGUGUGGGCCUUAAAAGCCUAAUAUUUCAGCAAAAUUAAUUCCAGUCAUCAAAACUGUUGAGAUUUAUAUAUCAUUACAACAACUAAUAUUUUUGUUACAUCAAAAUUACUAAUAACUAUUUUGAAAUGGGAUUACUGUAAAACUAAAAACUUUAUAUAAAAAUUAAUUAUUAAGCAGUAUUGCUGAAGUAUUUCCAUAUGAAACUCCUGCAUCUAAUAGGAAUACUAUAGUAUUUAGGGAAAAUUUGGCAGAAUUUGAUGUUGAAAUCCCUGAAGAAAACCUAGUAUGAUAUGUUAAGUAUCUUUGAAAGUGACUAAAUAAAUUCUAUUCUAAGCUGAUUUUGUUGGAUGUAGAAUGGUAACUGACUAAUUAUACUUCCUGAGAACAUGAAUCAGCUAUCUAGAAUUGCCAUCGCUCCAUGGUUUUAUGUGCAGUUAAAUUAGGGCACAGAUAGUCUUAGCUGUGACUAUCAAGACAUAACACUGCUCUCACUCUUUCUAUAUAGUUGCAUAUCUAAUUUUUCAGUCAUGUUAAUGUUCUUGUGAGUUCUUGUGUCAGUAUUACGUCUCAUCUGUGUACCUGAGUUCAAUACUGUGUUGUUUUGACUCAUAUAACCAGUAAAGCAGCUUCUGCCAGUGGAAUUUAGUCAAUAACCAUUGAUGACAGAAGGUCCAGAACAGAACCUGUCUUACUUUUCCAAUGAGUAUUAACUCCUGCAACACUGUCAAUUAGGCCAGUUCUGCACUUGGAAUUGAACCAAUGCAUCUAUUAAUGAUUCAUACACAGAAUCCAGCUAAUUUUCAGCUAUAGUGGCUCUGGCUGCAUAGGGGAACAAAAAACAAACAAACAAAAACCAUAAAACCAAAAAACCCACCCCAAAACAAAAACAAAAAACCCCCAAACCAACCAAACAAACAAAAAACCCCACCAAAAACAAAACAAAAAAGGGUUUUUUUUGCCCCUGUAGUCUUAAUAAAUGUGGGUUUAAAUAUGCACAAUGAAUUGAUCUGAUAAAAAAUAGGGUUUUUUUAAACUUGCAUCAAUUACUCUAAUGAUACAUCUCACCUAUGUGUUUCUUGUUAUUAACAUGGAGUGAAAGGUGAAGUAAAGAAUACUGAUUAUCAGAAUACUGAUUUCCAGAUCUUUGACCCAAUUUAUGUAACUGUUUGUGAAAAUGUUUUUUAUUUUUAGCAUUAGCUGUAAAUGCUAUUUUCUUUCCAUGAUGUAAAAAUAUGUGCAUUAAAAAAACUUGUAAAUGGGUGUGCAUAUAUACAUACAUAUAUUUUUAUUUAUAAAUGUGUACAGGAUGCUAAAAAAAGCCCAAGAGAGGCCAUGUAGAGAAACAGGGCAAAAACAUGAGUGUGGUAGGAAAAAUGAUUUAUCACAGAGACCUAGGGGUCUGCUUGAAGAUGGCAAGAUGCCAGUCAGGUUUGCAUUUGUGCUGCUUGUGUAUUCAUGGCACUUACACAUUAAACAUGCCUUUAAAGAGACUUUUAUUUCGGUUGUGUAAGUGCUUGUGGAACAAGGUGUUCCAGGAUGCGGUGAGCUUUUUCAUAAUCUGGCCCUUUUGCUUGCUUUUCUGUGGGUAUGAGAAGGUAGAGGGGCAAACAUAGGAUGGAUGGAUUCCUUUCUUCUCUGAAGAGAAAGGAACCGUCCCCUUUUCAUACCUCUGAAGAAGGAAGGUCCUGUGCACCGUAUUUUGGAAAAGGGAGGCCUCGUGUGGUCAGGCGUGGGAACAGCCCUGGAGGGAUCCCAGCCGCAGGCACUCCCUCCUUCAGCUGAACCACGACCAUGAACAUGGACAGCGGCGUGGUAUUCAUCAGAAAAUCAUAGAAUGGCCUAGCGUGGAAGGGACCUUAAUGACCAUCCACUUCUGACACCCCUGCCAUGGGCAGGAACACCUUCCACUAGACCAGGUUGCUCAGAGCCACUUCCAACCUGGCCCUGAACAUUUCUCAGGAUGGGGAGACCAUGGCUCCUCUGGGCAACCUGUUCCAGUGCCUCAGCACCCUCACAGUAAAGAAUCUCUUCCUAAUAGCUAAUCUAAACCUACUCUCUUUCAGUCUGAAGCCAUUCCCCCUUGUCCUGUCACUACAUGCUCUUGUAAAAAGUCCCUGUUAGUCUUUCCUGUAGGCUCCCUUCAAAUAUUGAAGGCCACAGUUUGGUAACCUGUAAGCUUUCUUUUUUCCAGGGUGAAAAAUCCCAAUCCUCCUAGCCUUUCCUCACAGGAGAGGUGCUCCAUCCCCCUAAUCAUCUGGUCUUCUGGACCUGCUCCAACAAGUCAAUGUCCUUUCUGUAUUUCAUAGCAAUAUGGAUGAGCAGGUUAGGAAGAAGAAACAUCUGUAUGUGAUUGCAGCUGCUCUGUCUGAACAAGUCUGCAAUGCUGUUCUCACUGGUCCUUCUUGCUUUAUUGUGUUACAAGAUACAUAUGUUUCCUUGCCUUUCUAGACAUCUAAACCAGGUAACAAAAUAUAACUCAAACACAAAAUCCAUGUAUGAUAUUUAAUUAGCUGUACCAAGAGAAACGGAGUAGUGGUCUAUGUGGUAAUUGACAAAAUGACAACAUUUUGAUUUAAAGGCAAAAGUAAGGAAAAAAAGCAGAACAGAAACCUGAAAGAGUGCCUAGAUCAUGUAAAUUAAAAAAAAAAACAAAAAAACACACAACCAGUUCCCAGUUCUUUCCCUUGAGUUACUGUAAGAUCUAGCUGUGAGGAACAGCUGUACAGCAGCCUAGCCAGGGACCUGUGAGAAUAUCCAUGUAUUGGUGAGUCACAAGUUAAAGCCCUUGUGCAUGAGAUCAUAUUCCAGCACUCUUACCUUAGACAUGUAUCUUAAAGAGAAGUAAAUCCAGCUGUAAUGGUAUCAACUGCAUUCUUGUUUUCAGUUCUAAGCACGUUCUCCAACUUUUUGAAGAAUAACCAUUAAAUUCCCCCAAAUGUGGGAUUUACCAUCAGUAACACUGAUUGCUGUCAGCUGGGAUUGGUGAGAAGCCUCUCAUCAUGCAUGACUUUCUGGAGAGAUUAUUUUGACUUGUGACUCUGGCAGGGAGUGGUCUCUGAGGAGAGCAUGGGGCUGCCCUUGUGCCCACUCCCAUGACCAGUACAGGGCUGGAAGCUGCCUUUUGUUUGUUACCUUUUUAUUUAUGAGAUUUGUCCAUUACUUUGUCUCAGUGACUUAAAUCUGUUCCCUUGCUUAACAUUAGUCAAAAUUUCCCUUAAAUGUUCUUGUUAUUGGGAUACAGCUCUCAAUAUACUACGUUCAGGUGUUUCAGAUACUGGUCGUGGGGUCCAUCUGUUACAUAAAAAUGGCAUUUAGGACUGGGUUAUCAGGCUUACUUGAAGGUAGUAGCCUUUACCGGGACUUGAGAGUCAGAAUGAAGAGAACAAUACUCUGGGCUCUGUAAUCUCACAUUGUAAUUUUAGUUUGUUAAAAUCUGCCUGCUGUUGCUGAGACCAUCUAAUGUACUAUCAGCAAUUGCAUCUUCUAAACUACCUCCAGUGUAAGAUACAGAGGAGGCAUUUCCUGAUGAUGUUAGCCAUUGUUUUUUAUCAAAUGCUUUUCAGAAAGGACCUUGAUUCACACAGGGAAAAUGAAAAGCACCCUGCAAAACUGUUAGAUUUUCUAAUUCUGUCUAGAAAAAAAAUGAUUAAGAAACUUGCUCUCUUGAGAUUGAAAGAACACAUCUGGAGGCAAACGACGUUAUUCGAAAGCUUUGUUCCUUCUUGCUGACUCAUUCUGUAAUAGAGGAUCUAUGCCCACAAGGUCCAAUUCAGGAUGACUUGUGGUAUUUUUCUUUUUUCCCCCAAGAGCGUGUUGCCGAUGUCCCUGAAAUUCAUAUUGGAAGCAGUGGUUAAAAAACAAAAUAAAACAAAACAAACCCAAAUAAAUAUAAAAGGCUAAAUCCUGCCAUGUGACCUUCCCUACUUGCGCAUCCAUCUUCCUGCGCUUCCUUAGGGAAUGCUGCAGAGGGCUUUGCAGGCGGUGUCCCCUUCGGAAGGGCUGUCCUCCGAGCAGUGAGGGUGAGGGGAAGACGGGGCUGUCCCCCGCAUCCCCCUCGGGUAAUUUCCAAGAGCGGAGCGGCGCGGGGCGGGCACGGCCGCCGCUCCGCGCCCGGCGCUGCGGACAGGGCCGAGCCGGGCCGAGCCGAGCCGAGCCGAGCCGAGCCGGGCAUGGCGCCGCUGGUGCUGUACCACUGGACGCAGUCCUUCUCCUCGCAGAAGGUGCGGCUGGCAAUCGCCGAGAAGGCGCUGAAGUGCGAGGAGCACGAUGUGAACCUGCCGCUGAGCGAGCACAACGAGCCGUGGUUCAUGCGCUUGAGUUCCUCUGGAGAAGUACCCGUCCUGAUCCAUGGGGAAAACAUAAUUUGUGAGGCAACGCAGAUUAUCGAUUACCUUGAAGCGACGUUUGUAGAUGAGGAAGUGCCAAGAUUAAUGCCAGAAGAAGGGAGCAUGUAUUAUCCAAGGGUGCAACACUACAGAGAGCUUUUAGACUCCUUGCCUAUGGAUGCCUACACACAUGGCUGCAUCCUGCACCCCGAGUUAACAGUGGACUCCAUGAUUCCAGCCUAUGCUACCAGCAGAAUCCGUAGCCAAAUAAGUAACACAGAAUCAGAAUUGAAGAAGCUUGCAGAAGAAAAUCCAGACCUUCAAGAUGCCUAUAUAGCUAAACAGAAGCGCCUUAAGUCUAAACUGCUGGAUCAUGAUAAUAUAAAAUACCUAAAGAAAAUACUGGAUGAACUGGAAAAAGUUUUAGAUCAGGUUGAGACUGAACUGCAGCGGCGAAAUGAGGAAACACCAGAAGAUGGAAAUCAGCCUUGGCUCUGUGGUGAUUUCUUCAGUCUGGCAGAUGUGUCACUUGCUGUCACAUUACAUCGCCUGAAGUUCCUGGGAUUAGCAAGAAGAAACUGGGGAAACGGAAAGCGGCCCAACUUGGAAGCUUAUUAUGAGCGUGUCGUGAAGAGAAAAGCAUUUUACAAAGUUUUGGGACAUGUCAACAAUAUAUUAAUCUCGGCUGUCCUGCCAACAGCAUUCCGUGUGGCCAAGAAAAGGGCUCCCAGGGUCCUUGGCACCACCCUGCUGGUCAGCAUGCUGGCAGGGGUGGGAUAUCUCGCUUUCCUGUGUCUUCGGAAGAGAUUUGCCAACAUGGUGCUAUCGAUUAGAACCAGGCAAAAUUAUUUUUAGACCUUGUCUAUCCCUGGUGGUGAGUGAAGGGCGUCUCUACCCCCCAGGAAAAUAUCUUAAAUACAAUAUAAACGUUGAAGAGUGAUUAUGUCUGUGAAUUAGAACGUUGUCACAGAGUAAUCAUUUCCUGCUGCUGUAUAAUUGGGUUGGCAACGCUGAGAUAUUUUUCAAAAAUAUGUGUUGGGGGGAUGACAAAGGAAAGAAGAGACUUUCUUUUUAGCCAAGGGCCUAUAACUGUGACAGUGCUUUGUUAAAGUGGUUACUGUCUCCUUUACCCAGUAGCUGACCUAAUUAAAAUACUUUUAUUUAUUAGAUAUGCAGCAAUGUGACAGCUUUUCACUGUAGAUGAAACGUAUUAUUGUGCAGAAACCAGCAUUGUUACAACACUGAAAAUAGCUCUUACUGUAAAUGUUUAGAGUAAGAUUUAAUUGGAACAUUGUGCCUGUUGUGUACAGGAGCAAGUUUCUCUGUACUGAUAGUUGUCUGUUCAUUUGCAAUUGGACCUUUGGGAAUGUGUUAAAAAGUAAUCUUGUGAAGCCUCUUUUGUCAGUGUAUGUUCAUGCAGCAGUACAGGAGAAGACCUGAAACAGGUAAGAACAUUAGUGAUUUAUUUGUGUACCACACAAGUGAAAUUCUCCAGAGGCAUCACUGGGCAACAGAUACUAGAACUUUGUUUAAAUACAAAUAGGAGCGAAACACCUGACAUUUGUUUUUUGAAAGUCUUUUGGGCUCAGCCACAAUCUCUGGCAGAAUGAACUCAAACCUUCUUGGUGCACAUUUGCUGCUUUUGUUGGGGUGGCUUGAUACAGUUGCCUCCAUAUGAGUGUCCCUGUACCCUUUUGUCUUUCACUCUGAGCACUGGCUACUUUUUGCACACUUCUUGGCAACAUUAUCAAUUGCACGUGUCUCUAUAAAAUGCUUGCCCACAGCGUGCCACAGCCGACUAGGGAACACAUGCAGAGCAAUGCCUUUUUGUAUAAGUAAUUUUAAAAAGUUCACUAUCUAUCAGUCUGGUUAGGUAGCCUAGAUUGAAGGUAAAGCUGAAAUUUAGCAAUCAUUAAGCAGAUGAUACCUGUGUUUACUUAUGUAUUGGGGUUGUGUUGAUGGUAAGUGAAAAAUACAGUAAGUUUGGAGACAAUUUGCACUGCUGAUUUUUUGCAAAACUGCACUCUUGUAGCAUGGGGGAAAGGUGUAGAAAAACAUUUUGAUUACUUCCUACAACUCAAGAGAUGCUAAUAAAACAGUGAGUUUUAUUAGUUUUAGCUAAUUAAUAAUUAGCCCCUGUUUCAACAAGAAAUGUAUGUUUACCUGAAAGUAGACUUUAAAUCAUUUUGCAGCAAAAAAAGCAUUUGGGAAGGGCUGAAAAUUCUCAUGACAGUUUUGUAAGACUUUUGUAUGCUUGAUGAAUGUUUGAAAGCCUCAGAGUUUUGUUUACAAGUUGUACAUAGCUGCAACAAAUAAAGCAUAGCUUUAAGUGUUUACCUAUCAACAAUCAGUGCUAACAGGCCUCAGUACAUUUUACAUCCAGUGCUGGUGGCUGUGGUCUUUCUGCACAAUUGCAUUUAAGUGCCAAGAAGAUCAUCUCAAGUUUGCGGGAGAGAACCGAGGCAGUUUCUGUCUAGGCAGUCUCACCAUCUAACACAUACAAAUAUGGAUAAAAUUAUUGGAUAUGUCUGCUUAUUAUUCAAUAUUGUGCUAGUUGUCUAGCAAAAUAAGACCUAAAUCUCAUUACUCAUUUUCAGUAAUAAAAACCAUCUUACCUAGGAAAAAAUGUGCUUUUUUAUUUGUCAAAAAGACAGUUUUAUAUAAUUCUAUUUCAUGAUCCAGUGGUUCUCAAGAACUUGUUGAAUUAAAUAUGCUCUAUUUAGAAAAGCUUCAUUAUCUCUAGAAUGGGUUUAAUCCAACAAUACUAUUAAUGUACUGGCAGGUUUAACUGAGUUUGUUGUUUGUGUGCUUCAGUUCAUCUGCAUUUACUUGGAGCUAUCAAAUUCCACUAAGUUAAUAAACUCAGAGUAAGACCUGUAACUUUAUGCUUUCCUGGCAUGUAUUUCUGUCAGACCACCUGUAAAAUGUAAUUUGAUCAAGUCACAGCAAAAUUAAAUAUAUAGGACUUAGCCUUCUUUAGAGUGAAGUGACCACCAGAUGUCAGUGGUCCUCCAGGACUCUGCUCUAGCGUGCCUCUGAGGCAGGAAAACACUACUUUUCAGAGAAAAAGUUUGUGAUCUAAGCAUGAGAGGGUUGUGAGCACCCUCAUCACACCAGCAGUCUCUCCAGAGCUCUGGAAACAACUCCAUGGUUCUACCACAGGUUUGUUCUCUGACACCUGCCACUUAUGCUUAUUUCUAUACUGGGUAAAUGAGAGGCCAAAGUUGAAAUAAUAUUUCACAUGAAAAUGAAUGUUACUGAACAACAAACAAUUGCAAGUGCCACCAGCAAGGAUGAGUGUGGAUAAAAUUUUACUGUGGAAAAGUUUGGAUCCCUGGUUUGAUUCAUGUCUGUUAGUUCAACUGUUUGGUAUCCUACUUAGUUUCAUUGUCCUGAAGUACUUUGUACAUUGAUUUCUGUACAGGUGGCAGUAAAAGGCUUAUCCAUGAUUAAAUUCCUCAAAAUAGGAUGAGAUUUAGAAGAACAUAUGCUGCAUUUGGCUCUUUGUGCAGGGCAGCUUUCGUGCUUGUAAAGGUUUUUUCCAGCCUGGCUUAUUUUCUUUCUGCUAGCUCUGUAUACUGUAUUUUGAGUGGGUACAGAAGCAAAAUUCUAGUUUUCAUUUAAUAUUUUCUCUCACAUCAUGCAUCAGAUAUAUUUCAUAUCUUUAUGUGGGACCCGCACAAUAAACAUUGAUUCUAAGACCA